AUGAAUCCUAAUACAAGCGAUGCGUUUGGCGGUUCUUGUGAUGAGGUGGUAGAGGAUGCCAGUCUGUACAUCAACAGCCAUAUAAAUCCCCUCAAAUGGUUCAAUUAUGGUGGGGACAAAGACUGUGUCAUGACUCUGGAUGCCGGAAGCAUGGGAGGAGCGUUAUUUAAGAUAGACUGGAUGUACUUCGAUUUGGAAAACUCUGCAGGUUGCACAAAAGACUAUUUAAAAAUUUACGAUUCUGAUAUAGCUGGUAUGGCUCCUGGUACCCUGUUAGGAACAUUCUGUGGAAGUACAACACCAACUGUUAGGUUCGGAACACAGCGUUAUUUAACUUUGGAGUUUCAUGCUGAUUCGUCAGGAUCUGGUGACGGAUUCCGGUUUAGAGGAACUCGAACAGAACCAAGUCCUUGUCAAGAUGAUGAGUUCCACUGUACGACAGAAGAUGUAUGUAUUGACGAGAGACUGAAAUGUGAUGGUACUAGACACUGUAAUGAUGACUUGGAUGAAAGUGACUGCUCAUUUUUUGAAGAACUGAUAGGCAGUAUUAUUGCCCUUGGAAUGGGAGGCAUGGUCGGAGUAGGUAUCGCCUUUGUAGGAGGGUGUGUGGGUAUCUGGACAUUAGUCUGUGUAUUCACAGUCUGUAAGAAAUGCUGUGGUUUCUGUUGCACCACGUGUUGCUGUUUCUGGCCAUGUUGUAAGGGAAGAACAUGUGGCAAGAGCAAAGUCGAUCCCGACUCUGAUCCGGAGUAUGGACUUGAACUACCCGAAAAGAAACCAGCAAAUGACAACGAUAUUGAGAUCCAAGGGGACGAUGAAGAUGGAGAUUUCUUUGAUGAUGAUGAUGGUAAACAAAAUCAACUCACCGUUGCACCACAUGGGUCAUCAAAGGAUUUAAUGUCACAGAAUGACCCAAAACAUACCAAAAUGACCGGAGUCGGACAACAAAACAACGGAUUCGAUGAUGAUGUCGAUUUUUAGACAAUAAUGUAAUCAUAUGUUCACCUGAAAGGAAAUAUUUUCGAAAGAUAUUGUAUAUUCAACAAUAUCCGAGAUAAAUUAGUAUUUGACUAAUAAUGAUUAUGUACUCUCUGUAAUUGUACACUGUUGAAACUAUGUUCCUACAAGGUUCUGCGCUUUUGGCGUGCUGUUUUCUUUUUAUAUCUAAUAGGAGUUUAUCCUCCCUCUAAUUAUAAAUGUUUUUUUUUAAAUUUUAUAUUCCAUCUCACUUAAGAGUAAAUUUGUAAAAAAAAAUCAAGCUCCUUUUAAACUGUAGAAUCUGUACAUCUUUCUAAUUGAACAUUCGGGGCUUUUGCCAAUUUUUUUAAUGUGAAUGUUUUCACAGAACACUUCUAAUGUAAAUGUAGACUAGCGAUAAUCGGCUUUGUGAAAACCAACAGUAUAAUCAAACGUAACUAGUCGUAUGUAUCAAGACUUAUCAAUGCACAUCACCUACGCCAAAAUCGUAUUUCAUCACAAAAUAUAAAGCCAUACGCAUUUUGUAUUUUGUAAUCAGCUUCAAUAGUCUUUAACCUGAUGACGACAACAUUCAAAUUAAUGUUUGAGUUUUCUGUGGUUUCCUGCCCCUAAAACCAGUAAUCAAUAAUUGGGACUUGAAGAAAUGUUUGACCUAUUUGUAAUAUUUUUCAUUUUCCCUCUACUUCUUCGCCGAGAUCUCCUUAACAAUUUCUAAAAUUCAUAUCUCUACCAUUGAAAUAUAAUGUUUCGAUUAGUUGCUUAAAUGACGCCAGACUUGACAGGUUGCCAUAACUUAGUCGGCUUACAACGAUCUCUAAACUUGUGUGCAAAUUUACGUCACUUGAGGAAUAUUUAGUACAUUAAGUAUUAGAGUAUUCCUUGUGACAAAUCUAAAGUUAAACUUCAAAGUAGAAAUUCUAAUGUUCCAAACAUUUAUGUCCAGUUUUAUUAUAUAUGGAACAUUGGUUUUGAAUACUAUAUGUUACCCUGUUGAUGUCUUUUAUUGUUUCGUCGUGAAGCUGGUGUUCAUUGACGUAUACCAAAAACAUCAUUCAUUCAAAUUAAUUAUGAAAAGACUAUUUCAAUCUUAUCAUAGCUCAUACGUAUCAUUCUUAAAUAUGGAGUUCUUUUUAUUAAAACAUGAACACCUUUAAGUAAAUAAAGACAACAGAAGUAUACCGCUGUUUGAAAUUCAUUUAUCGAUUGAGAAAAAAACAGAAUCCGGGUUACAAACUAAAACCAAAAUUCAAAUAUGAAGUUUACCUAAAUUAAGUACA